CUCGUAGUUGGGAGUUGGGACACUAAUUUGUACUUGGGUAUACCUACGUAUUACCUAUAUGUACCUGUCUCAUGAGCAUUUUAGAAAAAAUUGCAGGACAGUAAUUAGCUACGAAAAUUGCGGCGAGCCCUGCUAAUGAAACAUGGAAGGACGUAGUAAGAGUACAAAUUUUGUUUCAUUUCGAACUCGUUACAUCGUGUUGAAAGAUAGGUAUGAAGUUGUGAACGGAGACGGCAAGAGGGAUUCGUUUGACGCAGUGUUGCUUUCCUUUGUACUAAUUUUUUCUCGUGCAAUUUAUUAAAUUUGCUCGAAUAUCUUUUUAGGAUUGGCCCAUAGGCUUACAAGUUACAAGUUUUGUUCAUUGUGAAUUUUAGUAUUGUUCAAGUAUUGGAAAUUUAUUUUAGCCAAGUUUCUGUUCACGUGUUGUACACCUAACUUACGAUGGUUUUUUUUUUAUUCUCUAUUUUGAGAAAUUCGUGAAUUCAUUUCAUGACUCAAAUUCAUACUUUGUUUUUAUUGCCACCUACCACUUAUUAAAAUCCACGUUGUUGCCUCCCAUCGUAGAGUGCUUUGAAUACUCGUAUAAUCUCUUCGAUAGAAAAUCAAACCAGUCCGCAAUACAACCACGUCGCAACCUAUGCGACAAUGAAUAAGAUCAUGGAUAAUCCUGAGACACAGCAUCCGUUUUUGAAUCCCAAUUCCAGCACAAAGAAUGAAUCAAUAAAAGAAAAUGGAACAGUCCCUGUUAACAAAAGAAAACCAACAAAUGUGGGAUUUUUAGUGCUAUUCGGUAUAACUGUUGCAAUAUGGCUCUCAUUGAACUUCUACUGCAUACACUACGGAGAUUUAAGCCGGCUGAAUACAAAAUCUGCGAAAGAGAUCAGUGGAUUUUUCGAGGAAUUUGCAAUGAAUAUUAAAAAUUCAUUCGGUGAAAUAUGUCUAGCGUGUUCAUCUGCUGUAUUAUCUUCUAUAUUGAUGAUUGUAUUAUUCCGUUAUUUCGCUAGUACCAUCAUAUGGUUUUCUGUGGGACUUGUGUUAACGGUAUUGACUAUUGGCACGUUGAGUACGUGGGUUCGAUAUGGUAUUGGAGAUUCGAAACCCACAACUUAUGAUCCACUUUUUGAUGUCUUUGUAUUCACUAUGUUUACGAUCAUUAUUGCGGUGAUAAUUUAUUUUGUAGUUCUCCAACAUAUUCCUAUGGUUAAUCGACUAUUUGAAGAAGGCAGUAAAGCAACUCAGUCAAUACCUUCACUUUUGGCGCAACCAUUCGUGACAUCCGUAAAACUGGUUUUUGUGAUAUUCCUAUGUUUGUAUUUUGCGCUGUGGAUCGAAAGCUCAAGAAUUUCCGAAACAAAUGCAAACGGUGACAUAAUAUAUCGGAAAAAUCACAUAAUGGUGUUCGCCUCUGCGUAUAAUUUCUUGGUAGUUUGGUGGAUUAUUCAAUUUCUUAUCAGCUGCCAACAUAUGGUCAUUGCUGGAGCAACAGCAACUUGGUAUUUCUCUAGGGAUAAGACUCGUAUCAAUAAUACAAUAACGAUAAGCUAUAAAAAUUUGCUAAAAUUCCAUUUGGGUAGCGUCGCGUUAGGUUCUCUGAUCAUGAACAUCGUCCAAAUUCUGCGUACGUGCUACAGGCUUUGCAGUCAAGUUCGCAAUACUAAUGUAAUCGGAUGUUUGUUAACUUGCUGUCUGGAAGAUCUCGUAAAGUUCCUUAACUUUGUAACCAGGAACACGUACAUUGAAAUUGCAAUUUAUGGCAGCAGAUUUUAUGAAUCUGGCAAACGAGCUGCUCAGGUUGUUACCAACAAUGCGAUAGAAGUGGGAACUAUUAAUUCGGUUUGCGAUUUCAUUAUGGUAUUGUGUAGAUUUGCGAUUGCAGUUCUUGCCUACUUCAUUGGACGAUAUUUUCUAUUACGAGGAAGAUCAUACAAGGAAAUUCCUGGAGUGGUUACAGUAGAUGACACGAUUAAGAGUUAUUAUUAUCCUUUAAUUUUUAUUUUCGUCGUUUCGUUCACCAUUGCUCACGCAUUCAUGUCGGCAUUAGAGAUGAUCGUCGAUUCCGUAUUCAUUAGUUUUUGCGAAGAUAGUGAUAUGAAUGAUGGUGGAAAGCGUCCUUAUUAUAUGAGUGAAAACAUGAUGGUAUUCAUGAAUACAGAUAAACUACAGUCCCUGAAAGUCGGCGAUGCAGUCGUUGAAUAAUAAUUUACUUUUUUUUUUAAUUUCUUCGUUUUUUUAUGUCUUUAUUUUUUAAUUGUACCUUCAAUAAAGUGUUUUUUAAUCAAA